AUGGAAGCAACACAGGAAUCCACUCAGCCGCUCGCUGAUCCGCGUCGCAUGGGAAUGAAUAACUCUGGCAUUGAAGAUCAAGACUUGUCUGACAUCAUUUGUAUUCUCCAUCCUAAUUCUCAUGCCGCCCAUGAUGCAGUUGCUGCCACGGCUCGACUCGGCUCCCAGCAUAUACUCCAAAGAGACGCAUUGUCAGACGAGCCCUCUCAUACGUCGGACCUGGAUGUUGCAUUGAGGCUUUCAUCUAAUGUUCACAACAUCGGUCUCGGGUUUUGCUUCGGUCGUAACCGCGCCCGUUGUGACCUCCUCUUGGCCGUGGAUGACGAAGCCAAACGGGUAUCAAACACCCAUUUUCGGAUCUACCUGACAGGCGACGGCAUCCUUAUGCUUCAGGACACAUCAACAAAUGGCACAGUUGUGGAUAAUUGCCGCCUUCGAAAGUCUCAAAAAGAAAACAGCCGGAUGCUCAUGAACGGAUCGGUGAUUCAAGUGGUGACCGGCAUCGGUUCAGAUGAAGUUCGCUUCGUGGUUCGGACCCCAUCGAGAGAAGGAUUCGCGACUCAAUAUCAAGAGAAUCUCUGCCGCUACUUCGAACGCGUCCAAGCGCAUGCACCAGCAAACCAGGGUCGACAGGGCCCGCCUCCGUCUGUCUUGACAUGGUCGGCCUCCAACGCUUUCGGUAUGCAUUGGACAGGUGGAGCAAUGUACAAUGUGACUGGACAAAUCGGCAAGGGAGCUUUUGCAACAGUGUAUAAGAUUGCAACCAAGCAACACGGUGCAAUCUAUGCCGCCAAAGAGCUGGACAAGCGUCGUUUCAUGAAGAAUGGGAUUUUGGACCAAAAGGUCGACAAUGAAAUGAAAAUCAUGAGAGAUUUGACGCAUCCCAACAUCGUUCAAUAUAUCGAUCACCACGAGCACGACAGGUGGAUUUACAUCAUCAUGGAGUACGUCCCUGGAGGCGAGCUCUCAACGUACUUGCAGACCCAGGGACGAAUUGCGGAGGAGAUGGUGAGGACAAUUGCACGGCAAGUGUUGAGAGCUCUUCACUACUUGCACAAACGCCGAAUCACCCAUCGAGAUAUCAAACCCGACAACAUUCUGAUUGCCUCACUCGACCCACUUAGAAUCAAGUUGUCCGACUUCGGGCUAUCGAAAGUGGUAGAGCAAGAGACUUUCUUGAAGACCUUCUGUGGCACAUUGUUGUACUGUGCACCGGAGGUGUACCCGGAUUAUGAACAAUACCGCCGCGGUGAGCUCCGGAAGAGGCGCCGUGUUGGAGAUCCCCAAUCUGUUGAUAUUUGGUCUUUGGGUGCAGUGCUUUUUCACAUCUUAUCCGGUGUCCCACCGUAUACUGGACGUGCCGAAGAUCGUGGAGUACAGAUGCUGCGGACAAUCAUGACCAGCAAUGCGGACUUUGAUGCACUUCGACAAGCAGGUGUCUCUGAGUCCGGUAUCGAUUUCGUCUCUCAGCUACUAAAUCGAGACCCAUUUUCGCGACCGACGGAGCGUGAAUGUUUCCAGCACCCCUGGAUUGCCGAUGUGCCCGAUGUCGAUGAGUAUGAUGACGAUGAAGACUUGCUUUCAGAUCACAAUGACCACAACGACGGGCUUUCGGUAAUUGGCGAAGAUGCUGAAGAUGAGCUUGAUGCCUCACAGCUGUCUAUUGCUGACGUGGGUGGGUACACUCAUGAACCCGGAGCAGAGGGUGGCAGCAUGGAAGCGAUGUCAAAAAAGCCGCGGGUUGAGGAGUACAUUCCUAGUGAAGUCCACUAUCCUAGCCUUCCUGAAAUUAGUUUUCAAGAGGGCCAUAAACUCUCGUUGGACAAUCACACCAAACGUUUGUUUGGGGAAGUCUCCUCUUCAGCUCUGCGAAGCUCUCACGCACUUGGUACGGUGGAUGACUAUGACUUCAAUCAGUAUCAAAUGCAGGAAUUUGUCUCUUCCGGUGAGUCGAUGAUGAGCGACGAUGCAAACGAGUCCAUAAUCUCCCUCCCGGCCGAACCUUUUGGUGGCACUGCACCCAGCUUGAUGGGCGCCGAGAAGCUCGUUGGGCAACUAAACAUGAACUCCUUGCACCCCACCAUCCACUCCAAAGUCGGUCCGAUUAACAACUCACCCCUGCGUCAGACCACUCCUGGACAAAUCAACGACCCCGCAAUGGCACCUAGUCCAGAUGACGAGUCCAUACCCCCCACAUCGAGUCCAAAACCACCUCUCUCCUGCAGUCCUCAGGAGCCCACACCGAAAGCCAAAUAUUCUCGUCAACAGUCGUCGGAGUGCCGCUCCCAACUACCCCCUCGCGUUUCCAAGUCCCAAUACGAUGUCGAGUUGGCCACCACUCUUGAUGCCCAGACCGGGCAGGCUAUCCUCGAUCGACUCCAUGCCGAAGAAGAUCCAUCAGACCCGAUUGUCCACCAACCCAACCCUGUCUCAAACCUCUCGGUCCAGUCUGAUACAGAAUUCGCCAAACCACCAAAGCGAUUAGGGAAAUUGAAAUCUCUUCCCGGGUCUAUCUCUGACACGACCAUCUAUCUCGAAAACCGACUCACAUCUUGGGGCCGGGGUCCCCUAGCAACCGUCCGACAUCCAGACCCCCUAGACACAAAGAUCCCACAAUACGCCCUCGAGAUCACAUUUUGGACCCCUGGUAUCGAGCCCCGAAUAGCAGCCGGUGAGAAUUGGUUAGAUAUUCCUGGAGUGACAGCAAUCCUCUCUACAAAGGCGCGCCGUGGUGUCUGGGUCAACGACAUCCCGCUUCACCGAGGUUCGGCGAGAGACGAUGGGAGGGAAACUCUGCAAUUCGGCACGCUCUACACCGGCGACAUCAUCACGGUGUACCGCGACAGGAAAGAUAGCAGCCAGUUCCUGAAGCUCCAAUGCGAAUUCACCCACGGCCAGAGCGCUCAGACUCGCCCGGACAACGAACCCGGUCUCACACAGUUCCCAUGGCCUUGUCUAGAUCACCCCUCUCCCCGUCCGGGCGGAGGGUGGUCCAGCCCGGGACUCAUCUCGGGAUCCGACACCGCGACGCCCGGCACAUUCUCGCCGAACGGUAUCUCCUGGGCCACUGCCAGGGCGAAAAGUGACGAGGUUCGCGGAUACCCCUCCUUCUCGACUCGAAACAGUGGCUUCUUCUCCAGGCAGCGACAGAAAAUCUUCGCGCGCCUGCCUGGUCUAUGGCGGCGCUCUUCGCACGAAUACAGUGACAAAUGGGUGCUUAAGGGUAUCUAUCUAACCACGUUUGAAGCCAUUGUCCAGUUGUACCGUCGGUCGCCUAUUGGCGGAGGUCGCAAAUUUGUCAUCAUCCUCGGGUCCAACAUCGAGGGCGGUGUUAUGGAGUUGAAGGGUGCCCGUGAAUGGGCGGUCGAACGCAACAGCAUCUGGAACAAGAAGCAAUACGCCGCAAAAUGGGGAUACGAGCUUGAGCUGGCUAAUCUCCUCGCCAAAAAGCGGUAUUCUCACGAAUGGCGAGAAAGCUGGGAGAAAGGUGAUAUCAUCCGAGAGGCUAUGCAUAAAUACCCUGAUGCAGAAUGGUUCUGGUGGUUGGAUCUAAACACAUGGAUCAUGGAGUACGAUACAUCCUUGCAAGAACAUAUCUUCGACAACCUCGGAUCGAAUGUUUACCGCGACAUCACUGCCUAUAAUCCCAUGAACAUCACACAUCCACUACCGGAGUUCUGGCUCGAUGAAAUGGGACGCUCCCUCGAGGGCGAUGGGGAUCCAGAUUCACUGCAAUUCCUUCUAUCCCAAGACUGCGCCGGUUUCAAUCUAGGGUCCUUCUUCGUGCGGCGCUCCCUGUGGACUGACCGACUACUCGACGCCUGGUGGGACCCUGUCAUGUAUGAGCAGAUGCACAUGCAAUGGGAGCACAAAGAGCAAGAUGCUCUGGAAUACAUCUAUCAAAGCCAGCCCUGGGUCCGAAGUUCGGUUGGCUUCCUUCCUCAGCGCAGCAUCAAUGCUUUCCCAAUCGGUGCCUGUGGAGAUGAGGAAAACCCAGUCUCGCACUACCAACAGAACGCACGCGACUUUGUGGUCAACAUGGCGGGCUGCAAGUUUGGUCGAGACUGCUGGUCUGAAAUCUAUUAUUAUCUUGAUCAGCGCGUCUGGUCUCUGUGUUCUGCCGUAUUCACACUGCCUCCACCGCCUCAAGUUGCUCCAAUCACAAAGCAGGUAAUCCAACCUUCAAGAUCAACGCCGGACCACCGCAUCGAGCCCUUCAAUCGACAAGUCUCUCCUCGACCGCUCUUGCUGCCAUUGUCCACCCCUCCAGCACCUACAGCCUCCCGCUCUCUACUCAACCACCACAAAAACCACCCACAAUGCCUACCGCCGAAUCCGCUUCCUUCCUCGCCAAAAAAGCCCACCGUCCCCCCAACCUACGAGGGUGUCGACUUCGAGGACAACGUCGCCGUUCACAAUGCCCGUGAUGCCAUUAUCCGUGAACAGUGGGUGCGCAGUAUGAUGGCCCGUCUCGUCGGCGAGGAAUUGGGCAAGUGCUAUGCGCGCGAGGGUGUGAACCACCUUGAGAAGUGCGGUGUUUUCAGAGAGAAGUACUUCGAGCUCAUCAAGGAGCGCAAGGUCAAGGGUUACCUCGGCCAGGAGAAGAACCGUUUCGGUGGCGAGUCGGCAUAA